GCCAAUCGUCAUACCCUAGUUUUAUUUUUUAGACCCGUCUUUAUUGCCUCUUGCAUUCCCCCUCUUCCGUGACUACUCUCACUUUUGUUUUUUGUUUCCUUCCUUGUAAGUGAGACCUUUUUCGAAACCUUCCCUCUCUUUCUCCUUCCAAUGCUCCAUCCCGAUUCUCUCUAGUACCCUUUUUUCAGAAACGAUACCCACUGACCUAACCUUGACAAAUUUAGGAUUAUUGCACUAAUCCAUUAACGUGUCAUUUUUCUACCACGCUAAAGGUUUGGGUGAAUAAAAUAAUAAUUUGAAGUAUGUUUGUCUUUUUUAAUCAAUGAUACUUGUUACCACACCUCAAAAUCGAACCUAAUCCCAAAGUGUGUACAUUUGAAUUUCAGUCGAGUUAUUCGAUUUAAUUGACCGACCACUAACACAAUUGGUCAAAAACGAUUCGUUUGCUCGCUGUUCUAUUCUAAAAAUAGGGAAUCCGUUUUUUUUUUUUUUUCGGUUUCGCCUUUUGGUAUGUAAAUAAAAUGAAUCUUUCUUCCGUUACGCUACGGAGCAUGUGAAACACCCCUCAUCGGGUUGUAGGUUGUGACACGUAUGAGUUCCAAGUCCUGUAUUAAUACGGACACAAUUUCGUCUUGAUUCAUAGAAUUCACUAGAAGAAAGUAUCGUUUCUCUGAACGAAUCAAAAAGUUUCAGUUCUAAUGGCGAUUGAGAUCUGUUGCAAAGCUGCUACCGGUGCCCCUGAUGUUCUUGGAGACUGUCCAUUUUGCCAAAGGGUUCUCUUGACUCUGGAAGAGAAGAAACUCACCUACACAACUCAUCUUAUUAAUCUGGAGAGCAAACCCGCAUGGUUUCUUGAAGUGAACCCAGAUGGGAAAGUUCCGUUGAUAAAAUUCGAUGACAAGUGGAUUUCUGAUUCCGAUGUUAUUGUGGGUCUGAUUGAAGAGAAGUUCCCUGAACCUUCACUUUCUCCUCCCCCUGAACUCGCAUCUGUGGGAUCGAAGAUAUUCCCAAAGUUUGUGACAUUCUUAAAGAGCAAGGAUGCAAAUGAUGGAACAGAGCAAGCUUUGCUUGAUGAAUUGAAGUCAUUGGAUGAACACCUCAAGAAUCAUGGACCUUAUGUGAAUGGAGAAAAGAUCACAGCCGUUGAUUUGAGUUUGGCACCAAAGCUUUACCACCUUGAGGUGACUCUUGCUCAUUUCAAGAAGUGGACUGUUCCUGAAAGUUUGACUCAUGUGCAUAACUACACAAAGUCUUUGUUUGCUCGGGAGUCGUUUGAGAAAACCAAAGCUGCUAAAGAAUAUAUGAUUGCCGGAUGGGCACCAAAGGUUAAUGCAUGAAGCCAUUCGAAACUCUAGCUUUAGUAACUUCAAUUCUGCAAUUAUGUAACUGGAUAUAAUUUAUAAAAACCUAUGGUUUGUGAUGGUAUUGAGUCUAAUGAGUAAAAUUAAACUUUUUAGCUAAAAUAAAUAUGGAUUUGAGGAUUUCAAAGUAUAUCAAAGUGUUUACAAAAUGCUGCAUGAGUUGUUUUAUUCGAGAAAAUAUUGGAUCGUUACCUUCAUCAAUGGUUUUUUGUGUUUAGUAUUAAAUAUAUUAAUUGUGUAGGAAACUAAAAGAAAUUUAGUAGUAAG